AGGGGGGAGGAGCACAGAGAUGAUUCCUCUCUCUAAUCCUCUAGACACACGCUCGGUCUGGCUGCCUACUGGCUCGGAGAGGGAGAGAGAGACGGAGGCAGGUGGAGGGCUGCAAACAGGGGAACCAAGUGGGGAGGAAGAAAAACAAGAUGAAGGGAGGAGAAGGAAGGAGAGCUGCCUCUCGUGAAGCACGCUGAGAAGCAGGGAGGAAGAGAAAGGAAGAGAGGCAGGAGGACUGGAGAAAGCAGAGACUCUCACACGGUUUUCUGGCAGAGAGGAGGAGACGGUGGAGGAGGAGGAGGAGGAAGCGCGCGAUGCUCCAACCCUGCUCUGCUUGAACCAAACCAGGAGAGGAGGAGGAGAAGGAACCUCUUGACAAAAUAACUGGAAGAGAGGACGGAGAAAGAGGGGACAGAGAGAGAGAGAGAGAGAGGAAGAAAUGAAGAGGAUGGGGGACAGGAGAACGAGCAGAGGCGCAGACCCCUGGUUGCUGAGGCUCACAUGAGUGUGUGGACCUGAGCCACAGUCACUACGAGAUGCUGUCAAACAGCGAGUGUGCGAGAGCGCGGUGUUAGUGUGCGGGUGAUGGAUGUGUGUUUGCACAAACCACGGCUGCUGCUGCCGCUGCUUGAAACUCAGCAGACCAGGUGUGUGUGAGUGAGUGUCAGUGCGAGAACAUAUGACAGCCCAGCUGUUUAGGAGGUAAACGGGGUCAGGGGCACCCAGGGGGAGAGGAACGAGGAGGAAAGCGGGAAGAUACGCUCACGUGUGGAAGUGCGCGGACAGAGAAUUACGCUCAAGCUUCAGCCCAGGCAUCUCAGGGUGAGCGCUGUGAGUAAGAGCGUGUUUAGGGGCAGCACCUCGAAAAGAGGAGCGUGGGAUCACGAUGAGGUGGCACUGACGUUCUUCGGGGCUCACUUUGACUCCUCUUUCGCACCAAACUAGCCACCUGAAGGCACUCCCUACCUCAUCUCAACCCAACAAGUGGACUUGAAGGCUCAGAGCGAAGGACGCUAACACCAGCCCCUGUUCUCCUGCAGACGGGGGGAAGCCCACCAGACGUGGGGUCGGUCCUGAUUUCCUGUGUCCAGUGGAUGCCUCUUAACUCCAGCCAUGGGAGAAUGGACCAUCCUAGAGCGCCUCCUGGAGGCCGCCGUGCAGCAGCACUCCACCAUGAUCGGCAGGAUCCUGCUGACAGUAGUGGUGAUCUUCCGUAUCCUGAUCGUGGCCAUUGUUGGUGAGACCGUGUACGAGGACGAGCAGACCAUGUUCAUGUGCAACACUCUGCAGCCCGGCUGCAACCAGGCCUGCUACGAUAAAGCCUUCCCCAUUAGCCACAUUCGCUACUGGGUCUUCCAGAUAAUACUGGUGUGCACCCCCAGCCUCUGCUUCAUCACUUACUCCGUCCACCAGUCGGCCAAGCAGAAAGACCGGCGCUACUCCUUUCUCUACCCUAUAAUGGAAAGAGACUACGGGGGAAGGGACGGGGCGCGGAAGCUCCGCAACAUCAACGGAAUUCUCGUUCAGCACGGCGGCGACAGCGGAGGAGGGAAGGAAGAGCCCGACUGCCUGGAAGUGAAGGAGAUCCCCAACGCCCCGCGCGGCCUCACCCACGGAAAGAGCUCCAAGGUCCGGCGGCAAGAAGGGAUCUCCCGCUUCUACAUCAUACAGGUGGUGUUCAGGAACGCGCUGGAGAUCGGCUUCCUGGCAGGCCAGUACUUCCUCUACGGCUUCAGCGUGCCGGGGAUCUUCGAGUGCGACCGCUACCCAUGCCUGAAGGAGGUGGAGUGCUACGUGUCCCGGCCCACGGAAAAGACGGUUUUCCUGGUGUUCAUGUUCGCGGUGAGCGGCAUCUGUGUGGUGCUCAACCUGGCUGAGCUCAACCACCUGGGCUGGCGCAAGAUCAAGGCCGCCAUCAGGGGCGUGCAGGCCCGCAGGAAGUCCAUCUGCGAGAUCAGGAAGAAGGACAUGGCCCACCUCUCCCAGCCGCCCAACCUGGGACGCACACAGUCCAGCGAGUCAGCCUACGUCUGAUGAUGAAACGGGGGAAAGGAGGAAAAGUGGGAUGAGUGUGCAAGAGAGACAGAGAGAGAGAGAGUAUUAAUUACUUAUGAUUUAAUUUAAUGAAGAUGACGUGGAGGUCGGGCGGUGACCUCUCCUCUGUGCUGAUGGAAUGAAACAGAAUGUACAAAGACCAAACCUCCAGCUCUGCAACUUCGAGAGCACGAGAGGGAAAAGAAAGAAGAACAUUACCAAGAAUAAAGGAGGUUUUGUUCUGCAAACCACCUUAAUUAAAACAUUUUGAUCUCAUUGGGAGAUUUCCCAACUGCCAUUUUAUACUUCUGUCUUUUUUUUUUUUUUACCUUCUCCUCCUGCCCCUUUUUUCUUACGAAGGACUAGAGAUGACAAGGAGGGGGAAGAGUGAGGAAAACAGACGAGACCGUUAUGUGUUCUUGUGAAUGUUGGAAGACGACGGUGAUGUUUGAUGCAUCCCAUGGUGCUUUUCUUCUGGACUGUGUCAGACUCGGUAAAAAAAAAAAAAGAAAUAAUAAAAAAGAAGGGAGGACAGGAUAAAGGAAGGCACAGGGAGAAUGAGCAGCGACAUCGUUAAAAGAGGAACGGAAGAACUGUCAAAGCCGUGACAGACUCUAGAGAAUGAAGGCAGGUUAGGGAGCGAGGGAGAGCGGGGGAAAGAUUGGGGAAUCACACGAAUACGAGGGAACAUUCUUCUCUCGCUUCCUGUCUUUCGGCGGAGGACUCGAGCUCGGCCGAGGCCCGGGGAGAGAGAGCUGCCUCUGAACGGCGUGUCUCGCCUCCGCUGGAACGUCGUUACAAGCCAAAACCAAGACUGACGAUGUUUAUGUUUUGUCUCUUGGCAAAAGAUGAUUUUAACACAAACACAGCGAGUACCAUAAACACUUCUUUUUUCUCCUUUCGUCUCCCCAUCUCUAGCUCUCUCUGCUCCACGGUUGGCAGUAGUACGGAGCCCGGGGGCUUCAAAUGACAGUAAUGACUGUCGCUGCUCUCCUGCUGCGUAAACUUUGGAGAGGAACUAAUGAACAAAUGGACAAGCAGCCGGUUAACAUCAGUCUCUCCUAAAGGACAAAACCAAACUUCACUCCUUCCAAAAUUCUGUAUGUGCUAAGAAACGGAGGAGGAACAGAAAGAGAAGUGCAAGCGAGAGCUUGUAGGGGAAGAGGAAUAGAUCACCUUAUUACAACAAUUUUACAAAAUGUAUCACCAUGACUUUUUUAUUUCGAGAAAGCGAUGGUGCCAUCCUUGAGAUAUUUAAAUAUUGUUGAAAAGUUACAUAGCAUAUAUCAUGGUAAUAUUAUUUAUCCAUUUAGAGUAUAUCCAAAUAGAUUUAUUUAUCUAUGUGGGCGGGUUGGUUGGGAAAUCAUAUUGCUUUGUUUGUUUUUUUUGCUUUUUUUAAAUGUAUAAAUUGUCUGUCUUUUUUCAUUUUUCUUUAGUUUAAAGCACUUCUCACUAGUGGAGCUGAUUUAUGACACAUACGGGCGGGGUGGGAAGGGACUGGUUUGUGAGCUUUGUUAGAAAAUGCUUCGAGGAUGUGCAGCUGAUUUUUCUUUUUCUUUUCUUUUCUUUUUUUGGGGACUCUGUAGGGGAAACCUAAAUGCAACCGUAACCGCAUUGAAAAUGCAUCGGCUGCCAAACACAAAGACUGUACACACGUUUUCUACCGGGAGCAGCCGCGGUUUUCUCGAAAAUCAGCUGCACAGCUUCGGGCAGUCGAGGCCCGUGAGCCAUUUGAUAAAGGCAUGUUUACACGAUGCGAUGUUUUUUUGAAUGAUCAUGCUGUGUAACCGAUGAGUAGUUACUCUCUAGGGACAGUUGUUUUUGAAUCUCAGUGGCUUUCAUUUUGCAUUUUCUUUCCUGACUGGAUUUCAGCAUGCAUGCACUGUAAGAGAAAUGUAAAGGAAUGACCUGAAAGAAACAGAAAAAGACGACAGGGAGUGUUGUUGCACCUUGAUUAAUGCAGACGAGUGGAGGAGUGGCGGGCUGGAGGAAUUCGCGCUGGGAUAAAAGCUGGACACACUGACGCAAAACGCAAAACUUAAAGCGGGGAGCUAACGCGCUGUGGGCUUAUGAAACCAGAUAUGGCGACAGUCCUGUGGCCCACGGAGGAUUUCCAAAAAUGAAGAACACACAUAGUAGACGGCAGACGGAUUGUUCAUGUUAGACACAUUCUUACCACUGGACAUGAAAAACCUUGUUGUACACGCUCGCUUGCUGUAAAGACGAUGACGAUUCACACGUGGGCUCAAUCAAACUUUACAUGAACCUUGUAGGAAAGAACCGGUAUUAUAAGUCAAUUUAUUGUCCAGUUCAACUGAUUCAGCAUUUGAAUUCACACAUACAUCUCUCUGGCUGGAGACGUUCAGGGCCGAACCUGCACAAAACAGCUUGAAACAAGCAGACACGAGCACAAAGCAUUUCAGGCCAAACUCAUAUUUUGCCCGUUGACUGGCAAAUAAAUUUUAAAUCCGCUCUGUGCUUUAGGUCCGUCAUCUGAAUGGCCUCAUGCAGCUCCAACGCUGCAGCAGCUUUUCACUGCCAUAUUUGGGUGGCCAUUCCCAAUAACCCACGCACCACGCCCCCACCUCUCUCCAUUCUCAUGAUUUAUAUUUAAUGCAACAAAUCAGCCAAACGGCAGAGAUGGUGAUCCCAAAGUGUGUCCGCUGCUCGUCUGCAGCACCGGCUGCAUAAAACUGGAGUGGACAUCUUUAAGGUUAAAUUGAAAGAAGUGGUUUACACGAUUAGUUUUCUGUCCAUACUGUAAAUCAAAAGUGUUUACACACGAUCCAAACAGACGGUGUUUAUGCACGGGGGGAUAGAGGAUCCUGGAAGACAUUAAUAAUGUUACACUUGAUUACUGAAAAAAAGAAUUAUCCUCAGCGAAGCAGCUCUGGAAAUACCCUGACAUAACUCACAUUUAAUGUAGCGGAAGUAAUGCCCCCAACUACGUUUCUCCAUUCACUCCCAAUGUCAUAAUCUCUGUGAUUCUUACAGGUGAUUAUCCCCAGAUUUAGUCUCCUCUGAGGCUGUCGAUGGGGCUCAGCGGGAUCGGUGCAGUCUAGUGUAUGCUGACAGGGCAUGCCAGAAUGACUAAUAAUAGAGGUUGAGCUACCCCUUACUUACCGUGAGCGCGUGCCUCUAGCAAAAGCUUAUAUGCUGACCUUGAGCUUAAAAGCCAAGCCAAUGUCCUGUACUAUAUGCAGCUCUUAUUGGGGAGACACUGUGCUGUAGUUAAUCUCCACAGGGUACAGAUCCACGCUGUUUGUGAGCACUUUUUUUACUGAAUGGCACGCACACGCGUGUUCAACCUACGCUCACUCUGGGGAAAAAUGCAAAUGUGCACGUAGUUUGUGUACAGCGCCCCCGUUCUCGGAUUCUGUCGUCAUGUCUGGUUUCAUUCAGGUCAGAAACACAUUCACACACACACACACACAGCGCGAGGACCUAGAGAGCCAUAAACGUGUCCUGCUUUUCUCCGGUUUACAUUUGUCCAUCAUUCAUUCAUGACUCGCAGCUCUCGCAGUCUCACAGCCAGUGGUUUAACCCCGUUCUCCAAAACAAAAGCAGGCCCCGGCUCUUCCAACAGUCCCGCUACUCUCCACUGUCAGCUUUUCUAUAUUUGUCAAUGUGAAAUGAAUUAUGCAACUUUUCUUUUCUCAUUUGCUUUUUUUUUUUUAAUUUAUUUUAUUUUUUGACUUGUGGAUUCAUUUUGUUGUCUGUUGCUCUUUUGUGCAGUGACAUAUCAAAAAAAGAUUUUUUUUAUGUAAAGGAACAUUUUUUUUAAUGUGUAAAAUCAAGGGUAGAGUACUGAAAUACGAAACUAGCAGGAAAAAAAACAUGUUAUAUUUCCUCCCUUGCCAAAGUGAUAUGCAAAAUUUAAUUCAUUUUCAAAGAUUUUUUUAACUGCAUGUGUAAUGGCUAGAAUAAGCAUGUUUCUAUGUUUUCUUCAGCAGACUCUUUAAAAAAAAAAGAAAAGACUUUUUUAGUCCAAACUAUGGAGUGAAGCUAUUACGUCUCGAUGCCAAGUGUGUAUAUUUACUACCCAGUUCUUCAGAUGGUACAGAGCCAGGCAGAUGAUACCAACUCAGUGAUGCUAAAGCUACCUAUUACUUUUCAGUUUCAUUUCCCAAAAGAGUUUAAAAACUACUAUAUAGAGUAAAUUUUCUACUUUCUAUAAAUUUGCUCAUAAAUAUACACCUUUAAAGCCAAUCGUUUAAAGGAUCUACUGUACAACACAGGGUACACAGCUAAUAUAAGCAUACAGGUAAAAGCCAGAACAUUCCAGGAUUGAGCCUCCAGCACAAUGUUUAAUGAGCCUACAAUUUACAAAGUUUCAGUGUGAUAUGUUUAAAUCCUCAGUGAAGCUCCCCGUAGGACACUUAUUGGGGUACGGUAAAAUGACAGCAGACUCAGGAAAGAAACCAACGCUGAUCUUUUACACCAAUCUUUUCUAGUAAAAAAUGCUGUUUCUACGUUAACACACCAGAACGCUUUUAUAGAAACGGUCAGCAUACUUUCCAUUUACCAUCUAACCACGAAACCCAACCGAGGAAAACUGUCCUCAAGUCUGAUCAUUUACCUGUUGGUGCUACUGAGAAUGAACCAAAAAAAAAAGAAAGAAAAGAGGUAUUCAGAUACAUUCCCUUCUCUCCAGCGCACUACUGCCCACAUAUACAUCAUGUAGCAAUGCAGGUCUUUAUAUAUAUAAAAAAAAAAAAAGAUCACUCGACUGUUAUUAACAAACGGGCACGUCUGCAAAAAAGCCCACAGCAGGUGAUGAUGUAAUUUUUAUGAAACUCCUCAGUAACGUUUUAUUGCAGAACAGUAGCAAACAAUUUGACUCCUCAGGAAAGCAGUCGAGCCGUUUCAUUCAUUAGCGCAGAGCUGAACUACCACAUCACUCCUUUUCUGCAGCCAGAAGGACCUUAGAUUAACUUAGUAAUCACAUUAUGUAGCCAAUCCUAAGGGCCGGUCGGUGGGGCCCUGAGCAAGUCAUGAAAAACACCCUCUUGUAUAUUCGAGGGCUUCUCACGAUAAAAUAAAAAGCCAUAGAUUUGAUAAUAAUAAUAAUUAAAAAAAACUUGAUAUACAACAUUAUUUUGAAAAAGUGCAAUGUGCACUCAAGGGCCAAGAUUAAUGACAUUCAUAUGUAGACAGUUGAACUGAAAUCAUUUCUGCAUUUAAACUGAAAAUUAGAAGUCCUGUUUCUGAAUGAGAGAAAUGUUUUAAAGCUCCGUAAUGAUCCUUAUUGAUUUUAUUGUGAUAUAAAAUGCUCCCUCCUCUCCCCUUCCUGUGGGCUGGACUAGAACCAUUUCAGGGUUCAGGAACAGACCCUUUCAUCUUCUCACUAAUCUGUCAUGAUAUCAGUUGUGAUUACUUCAUCUAAUUACACUGAGUGGCAGAUUCAGGAUCCAGAGGGGAAUUUAAACCACCAUCCGGAUUUCACUCUCUCUCUCUCUCUCUCUCUCUCAGCCGGCACAGUUACCACCACCUACGGGCAGCGGGUUCAUGUUUGUGAGAUUACGUCCUGGUAUCGCUUCAGCUUGUUUGUUUGAAAACUAGAUUUAUAGCGGUCGGGAGGAAUAAUUAACAAGUCUGCUCCGACCGUUCAACUUCUCCUCCAAGAUCAGCGCCACACGACCUCAUGUCAUGACUGGUGCCUGUAGACUGAGAGAGCAGACGGAUGAAAUGGGAGAGAGGGAUGAAACCUGAAUGGUUACUUAUCAGGGAGGUGAGGGAGCAAAGUGAUGCAUGGCCAAUAUUUGGCACCCGACCGUAUUUAAACAAUCUGGAAGAGAAAAUAGUAAACGAUUUGAACUUGUCACUCCUCGGCAUACCUUCUACAGUUAUCUGUGACUUCUGAUGUAAAAACGUGGACUGAAAACAGGAAUGAUGGACCACACGCUGAAACGCUCUCACGCUUUGUAACCUCCAUCAGAGAAUCUGUCAUUUCUGACAGCAGAUUUAACGAUGUACGUGACGGACCUUUGAGGGUUCACUGUAUAUUUCUGACUGGUGUACUGUAUGUAAAGACUGAAUAAAACCUUGAAUGUUA